GCACUAGAGUUUUUGUUUUUUUGGUUUUUUGACAAAGCAGUGGAGUUCACAGCCACAGAGAAAUGGCGGCGAUAAGCCGACUGCAACUCCUCCAACCGUCGCUGUUAGUGAAACCCUCCGUCAUUUUACCCAAAUUCCUUCGCUCUUCAUCACCAUUCUCUAACCCCUAUAUCUCCGGCACGCGUCUCCGUAAACUCUCCGUUACUCCCCCACACUGCUCCAGCUCCGAUCAAAUCCCCAAGAGUUCUUCAACUUCAGGAUCGAGUCCGUCUAUAGUUGGUGAUCUUCUGGAUUAUCUCAACGAGUCUUGGACUCAAUUUCAUGCCACAGCUGAAGCAAAACGGCAAUUAAUUGCUGCUGGAUUUCAUUUGCUAAAUGAGAGUGAUGAAUGGGAUCUGAAGCCUGGUGGACGCUACUUCUUUACUCGGAAUAUGUCUUGUUUGGUUGCUUUUGCCAUUGGAGAAGAGUACACUGUCGGUAACGGUUUUCACAUAAUUGCUGCACACACAGAUAGUCCAUGCCUGAAACUAAAGCCAAAGUCUGCAUCAUCCAAAUCUGGCUAUCUUAUGGUAAAUGUGCAAACUUAUGGUGGUGGUUUGUGGCACACUUGGUUUGAUAGGGACUUGAGUUUAGCUGGAAGGGUCAUAGUGAAAGGUGAAGAUGGUUCCUUUUUACACAAGCUUGUCAAAGUAAAGAGGCCUCUGUUACGAGUACCUACACUGGCAAUUCAUCUUGAUCGCACAGUGAACAAGGAUGGGUUUAAACCAAAUCUAGAGACUCACCUCAUUCCGCUUCUUGCAACAAAACUUGAGGAUGUCUCUGCCGAGUCCAAAGAGAAAAGUAAUGCAUCAUCUUCAAAAGCUGCUCACCAUCCACUGCUUAUGCAGAUUUUGUCAGAUGAGCUAAGUUGCAGUAUUGAUGACAUAGUGAGUAUUGAGUUGAAUGUUUGUGAUACCCAACCAAGCUGCCUUGGAGGUGGAAAUGAUGAGUUCAUAUUUUCUGGAAGAUUAGAUAAUCUUGCUUCAAGUUAUUGCGCAUUGAGAGCACUUGUUGAUUCAUGUGAAUCACCUGGAGAUUUAUCAAGUGAGCAUGCUAUUAGAAUGGUUGCUCUUUUUGAUAAUGAAGAGGUUGGUUCAGAUUCAGUUCAAGGAGCUGGUGCACCAACCAUGUUUCAGGCCAUGAGAAGAAUAGUUGAUUGCUUAGCUCAUCAGUAUGUAGGGGAAGGUGCUUUUGAGCGUGCGAUUCGCAGAUCUUUUUUAGUGUCCGCCGACAUGGCUCAUGGAGUUCAUCCAAAUUUUAUGGAUAAGCACGAAGAACACCAUCGGCCAGAAUUACAAAAGGGUCUUGUUAUCAAACACAAUGCAAACCAGCGCUAUGCAACAAGUGGAGUUACAGCUUUUCUUUUCAAAGAAGUUGCAAAAAUUCAUAACCUUCCGACUCAGGAAUUUGCAGUGAGGAAUGAUAUGGGAUGUGGAUCCACUAUAGGUCCCAUACUUGCAUCAGGGGUUGGUGUUCGUACAGUUGAUUGUGGCAUUGCUCAGCUGUCCAUGCACAGUGUGAGAGAAAUCUGUGGGAAGGAAGAUGUUGAUAUUGCUUAUAAGCAUUUCAAAGCAUUCUACCAAACAUUCUCAAACAUAGACAAGAAGUUAAAUGUGGAUUCUUAAUUGCUCGGCCAAAAGAAGGAUAUAAAUUUGGUUUGCUGGAAUUCAUUGGAUUUGAAGUGGAAGUGGAAGUGGAAGUGGAGGUUUGGUUGAAGUCGAGUUUCGGACUUGCUUCAGAAAGUUUCUGCUUCAGCUCAGACAACAAAGCCUGAUUCUCCCGGUUGAGCAGUUC